CAAAACUCUCACGCCUUCUCUAAAACUCCAUUUAAUAAUUUCUCUUUCCUCCCCCAUAUCCAUAACCGCCACCCUCCGGCCGCCGCCCCUUCCCCGCCACGGCGGCAGCAUGGUGAAGUUCUCGAAGGAGCUGGAAGCUCAGCUCAUCCCGGAAUGGAAAGACGCAUUUGUGAAUUACUGGUUACUUAAAAAACACGUAAAAAAGGUUAAGAUUUCAAGAAAACCAACUAAGCACGUUCUUCUUGCACACGAAAACAACUACGAUUUCGGGCGGUCCAUUUUCGACCCGAUUCGAGCUCUUGUGGGCAGGAUAUCCCACGGGUUAGGCCCUCGAAAAUCAUAUAUUUUUCCUCAUUCUCAUCGUGCAGAGAGCCAGAGCGAUUAUUGUGAUAGUCCAACAACAGAUUCACAAACAGACGAAGUUAUAGCAGCUUUAGAAAAAAAUGGAAUUAAUUUCGUUAAUUCGGCGACGAGGGCAAAGACGAAGAAGGGAAAGCCUAAGAUGGCGAUGAGGAUAGAUAUUCCGGCGACAACUCCGACGAGGACGAUAGCCGCCGUGACAUCAAUGCUUUGGGAGGAUUUAGUAAAUAACCCAAAGAAGGGGGGUGGAGAAUAUAUUAAUAGGAAGAAGAUUCAGUGUGCUGAAAAGAUGAUACGAGGGGCAUUUGUGGAACUUUACAGAGGACUUGGCUUGCUGAAAACAUACAGCUCACUCAAUAUGGUGGCCUUCACAAAAAUACUCAAGAAAUUCGACAAGGUAGCAAACCAAAAGGCAUCAACGAGUUACCUCAAAGUAGUGAAGAGAUCUAAUUUUAUUAGCUCCGAUAAGGUGGUAAGACUAAUGGAUGAAGUGGAGUCCUUAUUCACACAGCACUUUGCCGGCAAUGACAGGAAAAAGGCUAUGAAGUUUUUGAAACCCCAACACAACAAAGAUUCUCACAUGGUCACUUUUUUUGUUGGUUUAUUUACAGGUAGUUUUGUGACAUUGUUUAGUGUGUAUGCAAUAUUGGCACAUCUAAGUGGAAUGUUCUCACCUGGAAUAGAAGCUUCUUACAUGGAAACUGUCUACCCUGUUUUCAGCAUGUUUGCAUUGUUGAGCUUGCACUUGUUCAUGUACGGAUGCAACUUGUUCAUGUGGAAGAGCACAAGAAUCAACUACAACUUCAUAUUCGAGUUCCAAUCUUCGACUUCGCUCAAAUACAGAGACGCGUUUCUCAUAUGUACGUGUUUGAUGACUUCCGUCGUCGGUGCUAUGGUCAUCCACCUCAUCCUACUAUCCACCGGCUUUCCACCUCAUCAAGUCGACUUGAUUCCCGGGAUUCUAUUCCUGUGUUUUGUCGUGCUUUUGAUAUGUCCAUUGAACAUCUUCUAUCGCCCGACGAGGUUCUCCUUCCUCAGAGUCAUACGAAACAUAGCUUGCUCUCCGUUUUACAAGGUUUUGAUGGUUGACUUCUUCAUGGCUGACCAACUUACUAGCCAGAUUCCAUUGUUGAGGCAUAUGGAAUCAGCGGCGUGCUAUUUCCGCCGGAAGUUCAAAACGCACCGUUACGAGACUUGCAAGUCCGGAAAGAUGUACCGUGAACUCGCCUACGUUAUCUCCUUCGCCCCCUACUAUUGGCGUGCCAUGCAGUGCGCGAGGAGAUGGUUCGAUGAAUCCAACGUGGACCAUUUGGCUAACCUAGGAAAGUAUGUCUCCGCCAUGGUGGCAGCUGGCGCUAGGCUAACGUACGCUAGGCAGCCGUCGCAGUUUUGGAUGAUCGUAGUUUUGGCCACUUCUCUUUUCGCCACCGUUUACCAGUUGUAUUGGGAUUUCGUUAAAGAUUGGGGUCUUUUCAAUCCGAAAUCGAGAAACCCAUGGCUUAGAGACGACCUUAUACUCAAAAACCGAGGCAUUUACUAUGGAUCCAUCGCCUUGAAUUUUGUCCUAAGGGUAGUAUGGGUGGAGACUGUGAUGCGAUACAAUAUCGGGAUUUUCGAGUCGCGCUUGAUCGAUUUUUUGCUUGCUUCGUUGGAGGUCAUUCGCCGUGGACAUUGGAAUUAUUAUAGAUUGGAAAAUGAGCAUUUGAACAAUGUUGGGAAGUUUAGGGCAGUGAAAACAGUCCCGUUGCCGUUUCGCGAGACGGACUCCGAUGGCUGAAAUUACGCUAAUGCACCUGUGCAUUAGCACGAGGAAGGGCUUGAAGGGAGGGGCAUUAUAGACUUUUCACCAAGCACGUGCUUGAGGGAUUUUGGUGAAGAAGUUUUUGUUUGGAGGAAAAAAAGUUCAUUUGAUCAACCACUUAUUCAGAAGUUAAUAACAAAGAAGCUAAGUGAGAGCCACAUAAGGUUCCGUAUAGCUCGACGACACACGGCUAUAUGUUUAAUUUUGUCGUAAAAUUCAACGAUUUUCUAACGAAGAUCUCGUGCAUUAUUAAUGUAUCUUCUACUUCUAUAUAUAUUUUUUGGCGAAAAUCAAUAUACCAUGCGUAAUU